AAAAUGUCUGCCGCCCAUAAAAAUCUUCUGGCUGUGUGGGCAAAGGAGCCAAAAGAUCUUGUCGCAGUUGAGAAGGCUCUGAAUGAGUUGACGAAGGUUCUCAGUGCCUCCAGCGAUUUGAAUGAUAAACAGUCUGCAUUGGCUUCAAAAGAUUUGUACGAGAUUUCGGUGCUCUUGGCAAUUCUGAAGCACGAUUUCGAAACGUUCGACGAUUACAUCAAUCAGAUGCAUACCUACUAUACAAUGGCGCCAGAAAAUUCUGAAAACAAGCAUUUAAUGACUGGACUCCAUCUGAUGUUCCUGCUCGCUGCCAACAGAUUGUCCGACUUCCACAUGCUCCUCGAACAAAUUCCACAGAAAGAGCAAACAUCAAACGCUUACAUCUCUACGCCAGUUCGUAUUGAACAGAGUCUCAUGGAAGGAGCCUACAACAAGGUUGUGCUCACCGAGAAGAAUAUUCCAAGCCCCUUCUACACUAUUUUCAUUCGUAUUAUGCUUGACACCAUCCGUCGCGAAAUCGCAACAUCUAUCGAGAAGUCUUUCAAAGUUCUGACAGCGAAGGAUGCCACGGUCAUGCUUCUGUUCGACAAUGACGAACAAAUGAAAAAGUUUGGACAAGAGAGAAAAUGGCAUUUGGAUGGAGAGCGUUACGUUUUCGAAAUUGAGGUGGCUCAGGAGAAGCCUGUGAAUUUGGAUACAGUGCGAGUCGCAACUCAAACCCUCUUCUACGCCAAGCAACUCGAACAAAUCGUUUAACCGGUGUCUUUCAAGAACUCAAGCAUUGUAUUUGUAAACUGAUUUUAAUUUAUUCGCGUCUUUUUCUCGGUACUGUAAGAAAAUGAACUUUCCGAUGCA